AUGACUUCCAUUCUUUCCCAUCUUCGACGUCUGUACUCCCUAGAUACCCUCGACACCCGCUUCACCACCUCUGCCUCUACUCCCCUCAAGGCCACUACCGAUUCGCGACCUGCCUCGGCCAAAGAUGCCCGCGCCAAUGCUGUAGCCAGCAAUGCCUCGCCCUCCAAAUGGGGGACUUUGGAAUUCUUUGUUUACUAUCUGGUCUUUCUUGUUGCGGUGCCAUUGAUGUUCAAGGCAGUCAUUGAGGUGUCCCAAGAGAACCACCCCACGUACCCGACUUAUGCCAACCUGCUGUCUCCAGGCUGGAUCGCCGGACGUCAAGUGGACAACUCCGACGCACAAUACUCCACUUUCCGGGAUAACAUCCCCUACCUCCUCGUUCUUUUGGUUGUCCACCCGUUAUUGCGUCGUGCAUUCGAAUUUUACACACGCCCGUCCAGUCCCAAACCUACCACAUCGAACGGCAAUGCCUCCGCAACCGCUGCAGACGCGCGUUUCACUCAGCGCAUCCAGUUCGACUUCUACUUUGCUCUCGUUUUCAUAGUUGCUUUACACGGGAUUUCCGCCCUCAAGGUGCUCGCCAUAUUAUACUUGAACUAUAAGAUCGCCAAGUCACUCCCUCGACGAUAUAUCCCCGCGGCCACUUGGAUCUUCAAUAUCUCCACCCUGUUUGCAAAUGAGCUGUGUGCAGGAUACCCGUUGGAGCGCUUAGCCGCUAUGUUGACCUCGACUUCGGAUGCUACUGGACAAGAAUCCCUACUGGUCUUGUGGGGUCGACAGCUCGACAGCUUUGGUGGUCUGAUCCCUCGUUGGGAAAUUCUGUUUAAUUUCACGGUUCUGCGCCUGAUCAGCUUCAACAUGGACUAUUACUGGUGCCUUGACUAUCCAGCUGCGAGCCCAAUCGAACAACUUGAUCCAGCAGCCCUUUCAGAGCGUGAUCGCGUUAGUAUCCCCGCGGAACGCUCGGCGUUCAACGGCCGCAAUUACAUCGCGUACAUCCUGUACUCCCCGCUUUAUCUGACAGGUCCCAUCGUCACGUUCAACGACUACAUCUCGCAGCAGCGAUAUGCACCGCCGUCCCUGACCAAACGUCGUACCAUCAUGUAUGGGAUUCGUUUCUUCCUCACCCUCAUCGCCAUGGAGUUGAUCCUUCACUUUAUAUAUGCUGUCGCCAUCUCCAAAGCAUCACCGGAUUGGUCCCUGUACACCCCCGCCCAACUCAGCAUGCUUGCCUUCUUCAACCUCCACAUCAUCUGGUUGAAGCUGCUCAUCCCAUGGCGGUUCUUCCGUCUCUGGGCUUUGAUCGAUGGAAUUGACCCGCCAGAGAACAUGAUCCGUUGCGUGUCCAACAACUACUCCACGUUCGCAUUCUGGCGUGCGUGGCACCGUUCCUUCAACCGAUGGAUCAUACGGUAUAUCUAUGUACCUCUCGGUGGCGGCAGAGGCCGCAGCAGUGGAGGAAAUGAGAAUAAGACCUCGUCGAAGCUAUAUGCCAAAGCGCACCAGAUCCUCAAUUUCCUCCUCGUGUUCACCUUCGUCGCCCUGUGGCACGACAUCAACCUUCGUCUGCUCCUGUGGGGAUGGCUAAUCACUCUUUUCGUCCUGCCCGAAGCCAUCGGAACAAUGCUGUUCCCCGCGCACCGGUGGCGCUCUCAUCCGACAGCUUACCGUGUCCUAUGUGGCGUCGGCGCUGUCGGUAACGUUCUCAUGAUGAUGAUCGCUAACCUGGUCGGGUUCGCUCUGGGCUUGGACGGGCUGAAGGGCCUUCUGAACGAGAUUCUAGGGUCGUAUGCAGGACUUGUAUACCUUGUGACUGCAUGUUCGGCACUCUUCGUUGGCGUCCAAGUUAUGUUCGAAAUCCGGCAGGAGGAAAAGAGAGCGGGGAUUAACCUGAAGUGUUGA